AUCGGGUGCACGCAUCUUCGUUCGGCUUUGUAUAAGUAGGGAAUUUAUAAAAUCUCUUAAUCCUAUUUACGUUAUAUACGAUUGCGUCACCAGCAUCGAUUUGGGUGUUCUUUGGCUUUCACAUAGAUAAAUAAUUUAAUCUAGUGUAAUGUACUGGCACAGAAAAAUAACGAUGUACAUUUUCCUUAGUUUGUUUCUCGUGUCCUCGACGGAAGCAUUCUUUCUAAAAUGGGGAUCGGAAUCUAGCAGUCAACCUGCCAUGAAGCCGUGGGAGCAACCGCUAUCUUCAUCUUACCGAUACCAGUACAUGUAUCCCUAUGAGUCUCGAAAAGUAUAUCAAAUACAGCAACAGCAGUACGCGCACUCACAACCUGAUGUGCAAAUUGCGCAAAACAUGGCACCAAUUCCAAUCAGCGUUCCAGCUGGUGCCAGCUUGACUCCAGUUUCACUACAGCACGUCCAGCUAGUACCCUGCAUGUGUCCAGUUGCUCCUGAGGAGGCUGAAAAACUUCAAGAACAAGUCGGGCCUGGGCCAUACAUUGCACAAAGCUAUUCUCAAAACUUUCAGAUUCCGCAACAGAUAACGGUUGCAGAUAAUACAAAAACGACGAAGCAAUAAGUUUCAGACAACCAAAUCUUAUUUUGCUUACGAAAUAAUUUAUUUCACUUUUAUUUAUAUUAAAUAAGACUGAUAGAUUUAAGUGUAAUUGUG